AUGACGGAAGCGAUUGCAAGUUCUGUGGAAGAUAAUAGAUCAUGGCAUGGACAUUGGUUGCAGUUUGCAUCAAAUGUGCUUACUAUUCCAGGGAAGACAGCAAAGUCUCGGUAUUUCCCAGCACUGGCCAAGAAAAAGGUUCAUGAUCUUUUUCCCGUUCGGCUUGAGGAUACACUAAAUGACAAAGCAAAGACUGCUGACCUGUUUUGUUCUUGCAAGUCUGUAUUUGUUGUUGAGGGAUCAUUGUCACAAGUUGAAGCUUCUGACCAAGAAUUAGAAGGUAAAGAGGUUGUGAUAUGUGUCAAUCCAAAGUAUCCGGAAGUAACAACGGAUCGUGCUGAGUCUUUCGAGUUACGUUGUUUAGUGUCAGGGAACCUUGAUAACAGGCAAAUGUUUGUUCGACACAAAGGUCAAAAGUUCUGGGUUCAGAAUGGCGCCUUGCACCUGUGUCGAUACGAAGGUGCUGAUUUGCAUGAUGGUGCCUACCUUGGUGCCCGCAUAGCUGUGUUUUGUCCCAGAAGAAGUGUGGGCAAGCUGACUAGUUUGAAAAGAAGGUAUUUGGCAGCCAUUGGAGGUCAAAGAUGUGUACACUGCGACGUUCACAAAUGUCCACUUGUGCUGAAUCAUCAUCACAAAAAAAGCUCAGAAAACACAUACAAAUGCGUCUGCAGGGAAGGGUGGCAGCACAAUCGUGAUGAAGUUUGCGGGCAGUUUGGCAGUUACUUAUGUCCAUAUCUUGACUGUUGCAAUAUUUCGAUUUGUGACAAUCAUCUGAGCAAAUCAAGGAAUAGGUGCAAUUCAGUUGGUCCGGAGGCUGCGAUGUUCCUUUCAGAAGUAGGAUCCAGUUUCUUCAGUAAUGAUGGGGUGUCUGAUGAUGGCGCCUUCAGGGGACGUUGCGAAUCAAGCAUAGCUAAUCAUGUUCUGCCGGAAGCCCUAGGGCCAACUGCGGGACACGAACUGCCGCAAGACAUAGUUGGUGAAUACGGAGCAAAUUGCAUAAUGGAGGACAAUAGUGAUUCAGGCUCUAGCUUUGGUAGUUAUGACAUGGUAGCAGAGGACAAUUUGGAAGAACCGUGGAAUUUUGUUGCAGCGCCAACAAAUGAUGAAGACCAGCAGAGGGUGGUAGUUGGUGAUCAGGAACACAACAAUAGCGUAAACAGGAGUCAUGUCUCCGAGCAUUUUGGUGCUGAGGAUAUCCCUACCACAACUAUCCCUACAACAACCACAGGAACAGAUCAAUGUGAGAUAGCUGUUGAACACAGUGAUUCUUCCGAGUUUCGGAUUCCACUUUAUGUCAUACUUAAUCAACAUGGACACUUAUUGACGCGAACAAACCACAAACUUCGAAUGAAUAAAAUGCAUUGGUCAAUCACCGAACGACUGGUUGCAAAGGCAGAAUCAAAGGUAAGCCCUCUGGUCUAUGCCAAAGGGCAGUUAUUUCCAACAAUAUUUUGGUACAGUUUAGAUGACGGCUCUAUCCCUGGUGCCAUGCCAACAGCACUAUGGUCAAACAAGCAGACGUUGAAAAAGCUUGGCAUUGGGAGUAUGAGAGACCAUGCCAAGAUGAGAGUUUCUAAUCCUGCAAUCCCAACAUCCGUUGAUCCUGCUUAUCAUUUUAUGUUACUUGAUCAACUAACAAACCUAGGAGCAAAUGGGAAGCACACUCGCUUGGUAUUACAAAGAGGCUUUUGUGACCACCAGCAAAACGACGGUGUGAGUUUUCGAGACAGAAGCGACUCUGCAGAACUUUACGGCGACACAUCAGAAAAUCAUGCCAAUGUUCAUAAGUUGGCAGCACUCGUCGAAGAAAGGAGGCCCCAUUACUUCUUCACUCAGACCUGCAACCAGAAAACAUGCAGUGGCUUGCGUGUGGUGAGGGAAUGGCUCAUCUCAAAGGAAGCAGUAAUGUUGAUCUGCGCAAAAUAUGGAUUGGACAUGGAUGAAGCAUCACAAUAUUUGAGAGAAUCUGCUGCAUUGUAUGUAUCCCGCAGUUGGAACAAAGUUGCAGAUAUGUGGAUGUGA